UUCCUCAGUCUUUAACGUCUCUCUCUCAUUCUUUUUCGUUGUUCUGUUGGCUUCUAUUUAGUUUCUGUCAUUAUAUUGUUUCUGUUUGGCUAUCGGCAAAUACUUUUUAUAACCAUUUUCUUUUCUUUGGAAAGUUUUUUCUCUGACGGUGGUUGUUGAAUAUAUCUAUAUUUAUAUAUAUUACAUAUAUUAUACCUGUAUUCACAAACACAGAGGUUUUUGAGAGAAGAAAUGGAAGGGAGUAAGAAAACGGCGUCGUCUACAUCCUUGACUUCUGAGCUUUUUGGGUCCAAAGAUUCGUCUUCUUCAUCUGGGAUUUUUGGGUCUAUCUUUGCGCCUUCAACAAAGGUGUUAGGCAGAGAGUAUCUGCACUCUGAGAUGAAUGGGAGAAAGCAAGAUCUGCCAAAUGAGCCAUGGCAUGCAAAACCUUCCCCUGGUCAAUAUGAAAGCCCAAAAGGCGGUGACAACGAAAGUCAGAGCAUGCCAAACAAAGACAUGAGCCCCAUUUAUCAGGAGCAAAGAGUACAGAACAACUGUUCUCUAAGUUCAUCAAUCUUAUAUGGUGGUCAAGACAUCUGUGCUCAUCUUCAGACUACCCCGAGUUCAGUGUAUAAGAAAGAUGGGGGAGAAGAUGAUUCAGGGAGUGCUUCAAGGGGAAACUGGUGGCAAGGGUCUCUCUAUUAUUAAGAGCUCUCUUGCCUAGGCAUAUACUCACCAAGGUAUAUAGGAACAUAGGCUAGCAGCUUAAAUCUACCGUUUUUUUAUGUGGAAUAUAGAAGAUAGUAAUGAGAUCGUUGUGACAGCCGGUUGUUUCUUCAUCCAGCUAAACAACAGAAUCGUUAUAUGAACCUAUAGUUAGAUGCGCCUUCUUUUAUUUACUGUAAAGAAAGCUGAACUUCAUGCUUUUACUGUAAAGGAUAUUUGGUGUAGGAAGGCUUGUUUUCUAUGAGGUAAUUUAAUGUAGUGAAAACUUCCUAUAUGUAGUGACUUCAAUUAUCCUAUAUAUAUGGUUGAACUUCUUUCUUGGUUA